AUGAGGAAGCGAGCCCAACAAAACAGGGAGGCCAGAUCGGAGGGGAGACGUUGGCAGAACCUCUUGACGACCAACCUCGGAGAGGACAGGGCAGAAUUGUUGAAGUUCAAUCAGCUGAAGCUAAGGAAAAAACAGUUGAAAUUCGCUCGCAGCCGAAUCCACGAUUGGGGUCUUUUUGCACUUGAACCAAUCGCAGAAGGGGAAUUGGUCAUUGAAUAUACAGGGCAAGUCAUCAGGCAAACAGUGGCUGACCUCAGGGAAAAAAGGUACGAAGCAGACGGCAUAGGAUCGAGUUACUUGUUUCGCAUUGAUGCACAGACCAUCAUUGAUGCUACCAAGUUUGGCAACUUGUCUCGAUUCGUCAACCAUUGCUGCAAUCCAAAUUGUUACGCAAAGAUUGUGAGCUUAGACGGUUUCAAGCGAAUCGUUAUAUACUCGCGACGAGACAUAGACGUCAACGAGGAGAUCACAUACGACUACAAGUUUCCUAUAGAAAAUGACAAGAUACCUUGUCUGUGUGGGGCGCACGGUUGUCGGGGUACCCUUAACUGA